GCCAAGGGCUACCUCGUAGCUUUCCGUCUUCUUCUUCCUGCAGCCUGCUGCCUGGGGCUUGUGUUGGGCUGCCACCAGCUGCCUAUAUAUAAGUGCUACUAUACAUGCGUCUGCAGUAGUAUUACUCGCGAUCGAUGGACUCGUGGUGAGCAGCCAGCGAGAGAUAUAGAGGGUGCAACUAGAGCUAUAGCAACAUACUACAUGUAGCAGUGAGUGCAGUGGAUACUAUAUACGGAGUAUACGUACUAUACUAUACUCGCUCGCUGUGUAGUAGAGAGGAGGCGGCCGGCGGCAGUACUGUAGCGAUCGAUCGGUGCCAUGACCAUGAGAGACGAGGAGGAGGAGGCACGACGACCGGCGGUGGUGAUCCGGGAGUACAAUCCCAAGACGGACCGCGACGGCACGGACGCCGUUGACCGGGAGUGCGAGGUCGGCCCGGCCGGCGGGAUGUCGCUGCACGCCGACCUGCUCGGCGACCCCGUCGCGCGCAUCCGCCACUCGCCGCACUACCUCAUGCUGGUAGCUGAGACGUCCGGGCCGGCGGACGCUCGCAUCGUCGGCCUCGUCCGCGGAACCGUCAAGUCCGUCGCCUCCGGCAAGAGCCGCCCUGGCGCACCCGCCUUCGCCAAAGUCGGCUACAUUCUUGGCCUCCGCGUCGCGCCUUCCCACAGGCGGAUGGGCAUCGCGCUGCAGCUGGUGCGGCAGCUGGAGCAGUGGUUCGAGCUCAUGGGCGCCGAGUACGCGUACAUGGCGACCGACAAGUCCAACGAGGCGUCGCUGCGCCUCUUCACCGGCCGCUGCGGCUACUCCAAGUUCCGGACGCCGUCUCUGCUGGUGCACCCGGUGCACUUGCACCGGCUCAAGCCGCCGCGCCGCGCCACGGUGGUCCGCCUCGGCGCCCGCGACGCCGAGCGGCUGUACCGCAGCCGGUGCGCGCACGUCGAGUUCUUCCCCGCCGACAUCGGCGACGUCCUGGACAACACGCUCUCCCACGGCACGUUCCUCGCGAUCGUCGGCGAAGACGGCUACGAGUGGGGCGGCGUCGACCGGUUCCUGGCGACGCCGCCGGCGUCGUGGGCUGUGGCGAGCGCGUGGGACUGCGGCGGCGUGUUCCGCCUCGAGGUGCGCGGCGCGUCGCGCCUCCGUCGCGGCGCCGCGGCCGCCACCCGCGCGCUGGACCGCGUCGCAAAGUGGCUGCGCGUGCCGUCCGUUCCCGACUUCUUCCGCCCGUUCGCCGGGUGGUUCGUCUACGGCCUCGCCGGGACCGGCCGCGACGCCGCGGUGGCCGCGGAGGCCGUGUUCGCUUCCAUCGUCAACUUGGCGCGCGGCAGGGCGGCGGCCGUGGCCGUGGAGGUGGCGGCCAUGGACCCGCUCCGCGGCCGCAUCCCGCACUGGCGCCGCCUGUCGUGCACCGAGGACCUGUGGUGCAUGAAGCGGCUCGGCGCUGCAGGUGGUGGCGGCGGCCACGCGGACACCUGGGAUUGGGCCAGGUCGGCCCCUGGCCGCUCCAUCUUCGUGGACCCCAGGGAGGUGUGACUGUGACUCGAUCGGCGGCCGCUUGCGAGCAGAGCUCCUCUAGUGCUCUGGUUUUUUGCCACUCAGCUUCAGUUUUGGUCGUUCUUUUUUGCUUAUACACUUACAAAUUUUGCGA